GUCAGUCUCGGGAGCGAGCGUAGACAAUCGUCGGAGAGCAACCAACCUUACGCCCAAAAGCCAUCACUCAUCGUUCACAACACGGGUAACACUAGUACUCGGGUAGCCCAUGGACUAAAUUUCUUUGCGUACUCAGGAACGGAGAGAUUGGGUUCCCUUACCACACUAAGGGAACUUCCGACCAAUUCAGUUGGUGCAAGCGAGGCAUGGCGCCUCGCGCCUCGUCCCUGACUGCUCACCAGCCUCCGCCAUUGCCGAAAGUUUCUUUUCGCAAAGUUGAGGAAGAUGUACCAACUUCGCCUAUCCCAGUGUUCGAUAACCAGGCUCGAAGCUUUGGAUAUAAUGAUGGCGAGGACUUUGUGAUGCCCGAUCACUACAUACGAUACAUUGAGCCUAUUGAGUCCGAGCUAGCUCGCCAAGUAGAAUAUGACAUGGAUGAACAAGACCAGGAAUGGCUGAUAGCAAUGAAUCAGGAUCGCCGAAAAGAGCAGGUGGACCAAGUUUCGAAUGAGACUUUUGAAAUCAUUAUGGACCGUUUGGAAAAGGAGUGGUUUGAGCUGAUGAAGAAGGUCCCGAAGCAAGAGACUGCGUUGCCCUCCGAAGACUCAACGUGCGCUGUUUGUGACGACGGUGAAGGGGAGAACAGCAAUGCCAUCGUUUUCUGUGAUGGAUGCAAUCUUGCAGUGCAUCAAGACUGCUAUGGCGUUCCCUACAUACCAGAGGGGCAGUGGCUAUGUCGGAAGUGUACUGUUGCGCCUGAAAUGCCCGUUUCUUGUAUAUUGUGUCCAAAUGAAGGAGGUGCAUUCAAGCAAACGACAGAGGGGAAAUGGGCACAUCUGUUGUGUGCGAUCUGGGUCCCGGAGAUUACAGUCGGGAAUCAAGUCUUUAUGGAACCAAUUGAUAAUGUCAAGAAGAUACCUAAAAGCCGUUGGAAGCUGCACUGUUCACUGUGUUCCUACCGGAUGGGUGCUUGCAUACAAUGCGACAACCGCACAUGCUUUGCGGCUUUUCAUGUCACCUGUGCACGUCAACAUGGCUUGCUAGCGCCAAUGAAAACAUUGCCUGACCCUGACAAUCAUGAUGUGGCCCCUCAAGAAACGCCACUGCGGGCAUUUUGCGAGAAGCAUCUUACCCCCGAAAUGAGGACUGCACGUGAAGCGCUUUCGCUGGAUGAGGAUGGUAAUCCAAGAUCAUCGCCAAAGUCGACCAAGAGCGCAAAGGCAUAUGCCAGAUCAUAUCGGUCUGGACCUCCCCUUGUCCCAGCCAUAGUUGUCAACAACAUCAUGAAGUACAUUGACAAGAUCUCGUUACGAAAGAAGCUUAUCUUUGUCACUGCCGUCUGUCGAUACUGGAGUUUGAAGCGCGAGGCGAGGCGAGGCGCGCCGCUGCUCAAGCGCCUACAUCUAGAGCCAUGGACGGCGUCCUCCGUCAAUAAAUCGCAAACGGAGGAGGCCAAACUGAUACGACUAAAUUUCUUGACCAGGAUUCGCAGCGACCUCGAGAAAGUAAGGACGAUGGCAGAAUUCGCUCGUAAAAGGGAAAAAGAAAAGACACGGCAAGCACAACUCAUAACGUCUUUUCUCGAGAAAGCCCUCUUUCCAUUUGAUGACGCGUUGUUGAGCAUUUUUGACCAAGUUCAGAGUCUUGAUCGGUUUCACGUGUUCGCCAAUCCCGUCACGCAGGCAGAUGCCCCCGAUUACCACACGAUUGUGAAGCGACCUAUGAGCUGGCAGCAAAUGCGGAACAAGCUGCUUCAACAUGAGUACAACAGUGUUCAGGAUUUCAAGGAUGAUGUUCACCUCAUCCUUGAUAACAGUCUCUUGUAUAAUCGACCCGACCAUCAAUAUCACAAACUCGCCGCUAGAAUGAAAACGCAGAUGGUUCCCAUUCUCGAAAAACUUCAACCGCCCGGCCUUUCUUCCGGCAUGCUGGAUGAUUCCUCGCAGCGAGGCGAUUUAGAGCCUCCCAUAGAGACGUUACGAAUACUCACGACACUUGGUUCUAUCGAUGAUCAUACAAACAUGAUGCUUACUGCGGACCCAAUAACGUCGCUGUUCAGCCAAGAGUUAUUGAACGUCAAACCUCCUCCUCCCAAGGCUGCGAAGCCCUCAAAACCCCGCGCACGAGAGAGAUUCCGGAAGCAAGCAGCUGGAGAAGUUACAGCGGAAGGGGUUGGUGUUUUCCGAGCCCCUCCGAUAAGGCUUACAAGAAGCGUUCAUGCUGCAGAGCAAUCAUUGUUGGCUCCAUACGCGCUCUCACCAAGUGGGGCCGGUGGUGAGGAGCACCAGUCUUCUGGAGAGUCGUCUCAGCGUUCAGGGCGUACUACACCUCGAACGCGCAGUGCCAGAGCGCUUGCAGCAGCGCUGGAGAGCAAUGCAAACGAAGUUCCACCAGAGAUUGCCGCCGCUGCUGAGAGAGAGGCUGCUGAAGAAGCAGCUGCAGCUGCGAAGAGAGCUGCCGAAGAGGCACUGGUUCUCAGGCGCCAGAAACAGCGCGAGUAUCGAGAAGAUCGCAAAAAGCGCAAAAGGGAGGAAGAGGAAAAGGAGGGGGUCAUGAACCCUGGUAUGCCAGCAUAUGUAGAAGAAGUGAACAACAAGCAAAGUUUCGCGAUGUUCAACUGGGGAUGGGUGUUGCCUCCUGGGUCUCGUCGGGGUAACCGACCUGCACCAGAGCGGCCGUCAGUGCCAUAUCACAAUGACAGGAAGAAGUCACGACUGGCAACAGAAGCCAGCGCUCCUCAUGAGAAUCUCACUUUGGAACAACCCCCAACCAGCGGGACGGCUCCCUCGACUAUGGAUACCGAUUUGGGGCCAUCCAGCCCUCCUAACUACUCAGUCGAGGUGUUAACAUCAACGGCAACCCUGCCACACGGUCAGCCUGCAAGCGGGCAAGAGACGCCAUCCCCUCCUCCAGAAGCGUCUUGGAGCGAAUUAAGUGAGCUAAGUGAUGAAGAGGCUGCUCAUGGCGCCAUGGCGUCAGGAAAUUCGAUGCGUGAGGCAACGCCACUCGUACCCGUUCAGGUCGGUGGUCACCUGCCGGGGGAACAUUGGUAUGGGCGAAGGCUCGUGACAUACUAUCCAUUUUGGCCAGCAGUUGUAUUUGAGGAAGACGAUGACCGAGUACCAACGGAUGUUUCAGAGUCAUACUCCGUGCUCAAGACUAGGGGCAAGAGUGCAGGGCAACGCGUCUAUAUCGUUC